AUGAUAUUAGAUUCCGGGAACUUUUUAGUGGUGAGCGAUGGCAAUAACUCUGAGACUGUUUGGCAGAGUUUCGACCAUCCCGUCGAUACCUGGUUGCCUGAGAUGAAGGUCGGUGGAAGGAAAGAGUUAGUCUGUUGGAAUAACUCGUUGCAUCCAGCUCCGAGGCUUUUUUCUAAAGGGAUAGAUCCAUCAUGUAUAAGGCAGUUUGUGCUAAUAUGGAACAAUUCUGUAAAGUAUUGGGAAAGCGACUUUUGGGAUGGUGAAGGUUUCAGUCGAAUUCCGGAAAUGAAAUUGAACGACUUAUUCAAUUACAAGGCUGAAAAUACUACCUCUGGUUUCUAUAUCAGUUAUGAAUUGAGGCGUCCUGUCAGUGUGCUUACACGUUUCGUCCUUCAGAAAUCCGGUGCAUUGCAAUUAUAUGCUUUGUUUGAUAACAUUAAUUGGAGUGUGGUCUGCUGCGUGGAAGGCUUUAUACCCAGAGGCAAUCGGUCCUGGAAUUUGCAGGAUUGGUCCUCAAGUGGCUGUGUUCGAAAGAGCCCAUUAAACUGCGAUCCAAAAAAUGGCAGCUCUAACAGAUUCAUGGGCUACAGCGUAACUUUGCCUAUUAAUCAGGUCUUCACAUAUCCUGCAAUGUCAAAUGAAGAUUACGAGGAGUGCCUACAGAACAGCUCCUACAAUGCGGUUUCUUUCAUUGGGCCUUCAGGGACAUACCAAUCAUGGUCUGGGAAUCUGAUAAAUAUGCACACUUCUCCAUCGAAAAGCAAUUCAGAUGUCUUCAUUCAAUUAGCUGCUUCUCCACUUUCGAGGUUUGAUCAUAAAAUAUCCUCCUCUAGACGGAAAACAGUUGUGAGUAUUAUGCGCACUAUUCUUGGUAUUGUUGGUAUUCUCACAAUUGCUUUGGAUUUCUUUUCCUUUUCAAUGUGGCGGAGACAGCGGCUACGAUUGAGGCAGAUGCGUGCAUAUUCUUCGAACUCGUUUCUCAGAGUGUUUAGUUAUAAGGAGCUGAAGAUUGCAACUAGGAAUUUCAGAUCACAAUUAGAGAGUGGUGGUUUUGGGUCUGUGUUCAAAGGAACCCUAACAGACGGCACGUUUGUAGCUGUAAAGAAACUAGAGGAAUCGAGAGAAGACGAGAAGCAAUUCAGAGCAGAAAUCAGUUCUCUUGGAAACAUACAGCAUGUCAAUUUGGUAAGGCUUAGAGGAUUUUGUGCAGAGGGAUCACAAAGGCUACUGGUUUAUGAUUACAUGCCCAAUGGAUCUCUGAAUUCUUUAGUGUUCAGUAUCAACAACCAAAGCAAGCGGAAGGACUGA